CCGUAAAUUGGCGCAGUACUAAGCAAUGGCUGCCUCUUUGUUAAAAGAAGGUUUACAUCCUACACUCACUGAGUAUGUAAUAAAACUGUUGCAGAAAAAUUACAUAACGACCGUGUUCAGCUUUGUUAACAUCGAUACCUACCGGUUAUCGAAAAUCACCAACAUGACCAUGUUAGGCAUCGGCAUCAUUAAAAGAAGUUUGUUGAAGCGCUUCGCUGGAUUUCUAAUCUCUAAAGCUGUAUUGAUCGCAAGAAGACAACCGAGCUUUACAACGACCGGAACGUCGGAUGUGGAUAAAUUACUACAAGGCGGUCUUCUGCGAGGCCAUAUCUACGAAUUAUGCGGUGAAUCGCUCACAGGAAAGACCCAAUUUUGCCUGUCUAUUGCUGCACACGUAGCCUACGAAUAUCGUCAGCUGGUGUACUACAUCGAUACCAAGUGUGACUUUUCCGCUAACAGAAUCCAGCAAUUGCUUGAGCGGCAUUACAGCGGCGCACCGGUGAGAACUAUUGUAUAUGCUAUGAAUCGAAUCAAAGUAGAACGUGUCUUCUCGCCGGAACUGCUAGUACAAGUAGUGCAAGAUCUGGCCAGUACUGAUAUCUCGGAAGUAACGGCCACACCAAAGUUGCUCAUCAUCGAUUCACUACCGGCCCUCUGGUUUCUACUUCAUAACUCGAAAAGCUCUUCCAAACGUCUGGGUUUGCUGACGAAGCUUGUGUGCGCCUUGCGUAGGUUCGCGGCGCGGCAUUUAGUCUCCGUGGUGCUCGUUAACCUAGCAGUUCCAGCCUAUGGAAAGCAAAGACGCAGAAGAAUAGCCUCAACAGGUGUUCAUCCCGCCUUGGGCAGAUUUUGGGAAAGCGCUCCCGGAACAAGGCUCUUGAUGCAGAAAAAGGGGGAGAAAGUCUUGAUUCGUGUGUGGAAAAGUAGCUACCUUCGCUCGAAGGCCCAUAAAGAGGUUCGGAUCACUAAUACUGGUUUUUUGUCCAAUCCAACAAAAAAAAAUUAAACGGAGAAUGAUAGAAGCGUCUAUUUCUAAUCGCAUGAAUGAUGAACUUGUCGGCUGUAAAUAAAACAUAUAUCUCGUUUCCCUAACGCAUAUCUUACAAAGGGCUAAUAAAGAAAUACCACU